AUGGAAGGAUUUUUUAGGAGAGCAUUUAUAAGAAAAUCUCCAUAUGAAUGUAAAUUACACCAAGACUGUCAUAUUACAGAAAAGAGAGGAAAAUGUUCUGGCUGUAGACUAAGGAAAUGUUUAGAGGUUGGAAUGUCUGUUGAUGCUAUCCAGAUGGGGAGAGUCACAAUAAGUGAUAAAGCAGACAGACUGAUUGAAUACAAAGAUAGACAAGAAGAAAAAAUAAAACAAACAAACCAUGAAACAAACCAGAUAGGAGGCAAUGAACUGCUUCAACAUGGUUCUAGUAAAGAUAUACUGCCAGAUAAAACAACCAGAGAUCUUAUCACAAUGCAGCCAAAAUUGGAUGAUCAGACUCAUAUGCCACACCUCAAUUUUGAAAAUCCAGAAACUCUUCUCAUACUUGGUGAUGGUAAAGCACAGAACAUAACUGCCUUUCCAAUACAACUAAACAGAAGUGAAUGUGGAACAACACUUCAAAAGAUAAAACAUCCAAUGGAAGAUACAAAUCUUGUGUUUGGUGCUGAAAAUUCAGCUUUCAUAGAUAGCAGUUCAAAUCAUUUCUGUUACCAGGGUCAUGAACCUUCAUUGCCCUGUGAGAGGGGUCAAGUUUAUUCAUCUAGCACUUCACAUAAUUCAUGUUUCCAGGGUCAUGAACCUUCAUUGCCUUGUGAGAGGGGUCAAGUUCAUUCAUCUAGCAGUUCACAUAAUUCAUGUUUCCAGGGUCAUGAACCUUCAUUGUCUUGUGAGAGGCGUCAAGUUCAUUCUUCUAGCAGUUCACAUAAUUCAUGUUUCCAGGGUCAUGAACCUUCAUUGCCUUGUGAGAGGGGUCAAGUUCAUUCAUCUAGCAGUUCACAUAAUUCAUGUUCUAAGGGUUACAAACCUUCAUUGCCUUGUGAGAGGGGUCAAGUUCAUUCUUCUAGCAGUUCACAUAAUUCAUGUUUCCAGGGCCGUGAACCUACAUUGCCUUGUGAGAGGGUUAAAGUUCACUCUUCUAGCCAUUCAGAUCAGUCCUGUUUCCAGGGUCAUGAACCUUCAUUGCUUUGUGAGAGGGGUCUUGUUCAAUCUAGCAAUUCACAUAGUUCAUGUUUCCAAGGUCAUGAAUCUUCAUUGCCUUGUGAGAGGGGUCAAGAUCAUUCUUCUGAAACAACAAAUCAUCAUGAUCAUAGUCAUUCUUGUAAAAACUCAUUAUACUCCUCUGAAGGUGAUGAAAGCGAAAUGAUCCAACAUGUUAAAAAAUAUGUAAAUAAUCAUAAUGGUGAUGUUGAGUCUAUGAACAAGGAAUGGUUGGAUGUUGGUGGAGAAGACUGUGGGGAUGAUUGUAUAUUUAAAAAUCUUGAACAUCGUCUGACACAGGAAGUAGAAUUAGGUGAGGAUACAUGUAAUGACAUUGAUGGUAUUGUAUCAUCAUUGACUCAUGCCAUGGACUGUAUCCAGGUCUUCAGUGUAAAAUACUCACCAGAAGAAGUGAAACAAAAAUUGAAAGAAGGAUCAGAAGCUUACAAAGUGAAACAGGAAGUUUUUGGUGAAAUGAGGAAUUUACCUGACACAGAAUAUUAUAACUUAUAUAAAACAACAGGAAUUGAUGCUGAUGGCAGAAUGAAACAAAUGGAUGACCACUUCCGCUGGUAUGAGGUCAUAGUUCACCAAUACAUUGACUUUGCUAAACGCAUUCCAGGAUUCUCAUCAUUAUUAACCUGUGAUCAAGCAGCCUUGUUAAAAGCUAAAAGGUCAGAAUGCUUCUUCUUCAUCAUACACGAAGCUUGUGAUCCAGAUACAGAAACAGUUAUGUUGUUUUCUGGUCAAACAUAUAACAUCAAAGAAAUAAUUGGUUGGAUGCCUGAGGAAUUACUUAAAGUUUGGACAGAGUUUUGUAAAGGAAUACAGAAUCUAAAUCUUACAAAGAAAGAACAAGCUCUUAUUUUGGCUCUGUUAAUUACAACUCCAAGUGACAAAUACUCUUUAAAAGAACCAGAAAAGGUUGAGGAGCUUCGUAAUAAAUUAGAACUUAGCAUUGAUCAUGUGGUUCAAGGCACAGAGAGAACUUCAGCUGCCUUAUGGAUUCAGAUGACUAGAAACUUGAUUUCAUCAUUACAAAGUAUGAAAGACAUCGAAGAAAAAGAGCAUAAUUCUGUCUGUCAGAUGCCAAGUAUUGUGAACUUUUUACUAAGCGAAUGAUCUCAUAAGUUGAUAAAUAAUUUCUGUUUCAUAUGAAAAUACCUCAUUUAAUGAUAUAUGUUCAGUAAGAAUAAAGGCCAUAGAAGAUAUUAACAUUGCCAAUUAAAAGUAGGAAAUAUUAAUAGAAAAUAUGUAUUAGAUUUAAAGAUUUUUAUAUUCCAUGCUUUUUAAAAUUGACAUUGUACAGAUGGGUGAGGGGGAGGUCGGAGGGGUCAAAAUCCGGAAAUCCUUGCUUAAAAUACAUGAAAUCCAGAGAAGAAAUUAAAAUUCCAACAUCCCUCAAUUCAAAAAAAGAAUUCCAGGCUCCGGAAAGGAUCAAUCCUGA